ACACUGUGUCUGUCUUUUUAUUUGCUUGCACACCAUGGUUAGCAAAUCGAGUUCCUUGCAAACGUCUUCAGCAGAAUGGACGGGCAAAUUGAACACCGAUGAAAAGAUGGGCCGUUUUGGAACACUCUCCUUGAGUCUUCAGGAAAGCAGUGACUCUGUCAAGGUUCCCAUUUUGAAAGCGGCUGAACUUGGAGAAAGAUGGCCAGUUCUACUGUGGUUCUACUUGAAGACAUUAGGACUUUAUCAUUCUGGUCGCCUCGUUCGCCCCAAACUGUGCAGCAGAUGUGACCACUCAUCAAAGAAACGGCAUGCAUUUUACUACACUGAAAAUCAGUGCAAAGUGUGCGACAGCCUGAUGUGGGAUCACAGGGGCGUACCGACUGCCUUCACUGAUAGCGACAUCGGGUCAUCAUUCUUCAAUCAUUGUGGAAGUGGUUUUCUGUCGCUGAUUUGGCUUCUUCUCAUCAGUGGUGUCACAUUAGCAAACAUCAUACUGUUAAUAACUCGCUACCAUGAUGCAGACUGUGACAUAGUCCACGUGCUCUCCUGGAUUGGCAUGAAACUCUUGCUGUACAUUGGCCCGUUUACGUGCCUCAUUUCUGUUGUCCACACCACAUGGCCGACAGUGUUCAUGGGAAGUUGGUCAAAUGCCUUGGCAGUGGAAUUUCUUGUUCACAGGAUGCGAUUUGUCAACAUGAAGAACAAGCAGUUUGCUGGUUACGCUCUCUUCCUAGGAAGCCUUGCUAUAAUGUGCACACAAUGCCUCAAGAUAGUGGCACCUUAUUUUGACCCAGUGCUUGUGUCACCCAUCUCUGCUAAUGCCUCUUUGUCUGGACUGACUACUCUUGUUCCUCUUCACUUUUUUGUCGUCAUAGAGGGCUACAUCAAUUUUGGUGGAUUCUGUUACUUAGUGUACCUUUUGCGUUGCAGCUAUGAGUCAGAGAUUCGACUUAUCACAAAGUUUCUGCAUGACAACAUUGGAGACAUUGACUUGUGUAGAGCUCGCCUGGCAGAGGCAUUUGAUGCUUAUCAUAUAUUCCGAGAAUUUGCCUCAGGCUGGAUUGCCUUGAACCUAAUUUUAAGCACAGUUUGCCUUCUUCUUGAGUUGCACAUGUGGAUUGUCAAAACUGCACCACUGGCGUUUUUUCAGUAUGAGCACUCGUUCUUGUUAUUCUUCUUUUUACUGCUGCCAAUCGUCUCCCUGGGUAACGUUGAUGUGGAUUAUCUGUGGAAUCGACUGGUCCGUCAAGUCAGUCGUCAACGCUUCUCAGAACAAGAAAAAUCCUGGGAUAAACUGAUGCAGUUCCUUCAAGAGCAGCGUGCGGGGACCCGUCCGUGGCAAGCA